UUUUGUCGAUCGCCAGGUCUAACUACAAAUUACACAAAACAGCAAACCAGUUUAGUUAGAUGAACAUUUGGAUAGAACAUCAAGCAGCCUAAAAAUCUAGGCUAAAGAGUUGUUUGUUUUGCACAUUUCUCUCUCUCUCUCUCCCUGCAAAAGGCAGCGGGAGUUGGAAAAGGAGAAGAAAUAACGACGAUCUGGUCAACGGACGCAAAAAACGUUAUCCCGUUCCCUCCAUCUGUCCUCCCUUCCGAACAGAUCCAGAAAACUAGCAAGCUCUUCCUCUUCCCUCUCUCUCCUCUUCAAAUUCUUGCCAUGGCGCCAGCUCUCUAUUUCAGUUGCAGAGAUAACCAAAAGAAAAGAAGAAUUGAACAAGAAAAGAAGAACAGAGUUGCGGAACCCUAAUUAUUGUCACACAUGCACUGUGCAAUUCAACCAUCCUUUUCCCCGCGCGUGUUCACUAUCCUUUCUCUCCAGCAGCUGGGAGCUUCGCCGAACGACAUCGGAGGUUGUAAAAUUUCGAAACAAAGAUGAGUCUCGUUGACACCAGGAUUGACAUUGGCAAUUUUGGCGGUGGUCCUGUGACGGAGUUUCUUCACCACCAGUCCAAUUCCUUGCCGUUCCUUGCCUUGUAUGGCUUCUCCAAUCAAGGAAGCUUUUCGUACAGUAAGCUUCCGGCGAGGCCGAUUACGCUCUCUGUUCUCAAACUCGACGGCUCCUGCUUCGAUAUCCAAAUUAAGCAUCUUGCUACGGUUGGUGAAUUGAAGCAGGCGGUGGAGGCUGCCUUCAGCUACAUGCCGCAGAAGGGCCCGGGCAAGAUCUCAUGGUAUGUUUCUUCAUUGCCACAUUUAAUGGAAGCUGAGAAUUGGUAUAGGAUUGAUGGAAUCGAUGCCGGUUUUGUAAAAGGGUAUGUGUUCAAUGCAGGCGGCAUGUAUGGGGGCAUUUCUGCUUAGGUUUUCAUGGCCAAAAGCUACUCUCUGAAGCUGACUCCAUUAGCUGUUUUGGGAUUAUGGAGGGUGAUCAGCUCCAAUUCAUCCGGCAUCUCUCAACCAGCUGCAUCUUCACAAAGAAAGGCUCCUUUAGAGGGAUAUUAAGUUCAGAAAGAAACAAAAUGUAUGCUCUUUAUCCUCCUUUAUGAACUUCCGUUGUCGUUUGAUAAUGCUGGUACUUGUGAUUCUGUACAAAAAAAAAAAAAAACUGUUCCGGUUCAUGCCUGAGCAAGCUGCAUAAAUAAGGAGACUCGAACGAGUUAGAAUCUGAGCGGCAUUCUGAGAAUAGUCAUGUAAUUAGGUCAUCAGGUUGUGAUAGUGGAAUUCAACAGUUUAGAACUUUUGGUAAUGUAUUAGGCUAAUUGAUGUUUUCACCCCGGUGACGGGUGAUCUUUAGUUCGAUAACAGCACCAAGAAGAGCUGCUGCUGCUGCUGCUGCAGAAAUAGAGCUUACUGCUGCUGAUGAUGAUGAUGAUGACUGUUUGAGUGAACUGGAGAAUGGAACGUAUUGUCACAAGGACAACAGCCAUCUGGGGAUGAUUGAACUUCAAGAAGUCAUCAACGACCCGAGCUUAACGACUCCAUGGUUCCCUUACUCGAGGCUUUCACCAAGGGAGAAGAAGAGAAAGUUCAUGGUAUCUCCCUUGAGAUACAGAUGUGGCUUCUUCUGCGGAUUCAAAAACAUCGUCCAGUUUUGUGGUAAUCGGUGUUAACAAUCACGUUCCCCCAACAAUUACUAAACCAUGAUCAGUCUAUACACCCAUUUGAAAGGUGGAUUCCAAAAGAAAAGUGUCUGUACUAAAAGUUGUAUAGAAGCCAGGCCAUAUCCUUGUAAAAAAUUUUGGACAGAAAUUUUGGACUAUAAUGGUAAAAGUAUUCCUUCAUCCCUUACCCCAUGACCCCAAAGUAUCAAUUCUCGAUAAAUGCGAGUAAGUCGCACCUCUCAAUAACAAUAACAGUAAAAUAUGAG